AUGCCGAUGCCUAUUCUCACCUUCGCCAUGCCCGUUCCCGACUAUGCCAAAGUCGCCAAGGAGGGGAAAAGAUCACAGCUGUCGUCUUUCCUUCGCUGGGUCCAGCUGAAGAAAUACCAAUAUGAAGUCACGUUCUCCCUUUACAUGCUCACCCCAACGGAGAAGUUCAUCUUCAAUUUGAUCCUCUUCCUGCUGGUCUCGAUGCUGGUCACCGCUGCAACUCUCUACCUCCCCAACCACAUUGUCGUUAUCUAUCACCGUAUCUGCUACUAUAUUUCCGGGGAAUUCGCCUACAAGAACUCGACGACGGCUCUUUCCAAGGAAGCAAUGGCCCUCACGGCAGAUGGGCUGCGGAUUACUUCAGAGGCAAUCGCGUCGGCUGUGAUUCCAACCUUGCGAGUAGUGGAAUCAGCAAGGGAAACCUUGAGAGAACUUUGA